AUGUUCAGAAACAAUUACGACAACGAUUCUGUCACCUACUCUCCAACUGGUAGAUUGUUCCAAGUCGAGUAUGCUUUGGAAGCAAUUAAGCAAGGAAGUGCGGCGGUUGGUUUGACAUCCAAAGAUUAUGUUGUCCUCGUGGCUUUGAAAAGAAAUGCAGAGGAAUUGGGCUCCUACCAGAAGAAAAUCAUCAAGAUAGACAACCACAUGGGAGUUGCAUUGGCUGGUUUAGCUCCCGAUGCGCGAGUAUUAUCCAACUUCUUGAGGAAGCAAGCAAUGCAGUGUAAGAUGGUGUUCAAUCGCCCCAUUCAGACGCAAAAAGCAGCAUUGACCAUCGCGGAUAAAGCUCAGGAGAACACCCAAAGCUAUGGCUCGAGGCCAUAUGGAGUGGGAUUAUUAAUUGCUGGGUAUGACGAGACCGGAGCUCAUUUAUUAGAGUUUCAGCCUUCAGGAUCAGUCCUCGAAUACUAUGGAGCUGCCAUCGGAGCCAGGUCGCAAGCAGCUCGUACUUAUUUGGAAAGGAAUUUGAACGAGAUAAGGGAGUCUGACUCCAUAGAGAAGCUCAUUGUUCACGGAUUAUACGCAUUGAGAGAUACGUUGAGUCAGGACGUAGAAUUGACCUUCAAAAACACGAGUGUCGCCGUGGUUGGUAAGGGACAGUCCUACACUUCGUAUGAUGACGAGGAUGUGCAGCAAUGGCUAGACAAGCUAGAUUCUGUCACAAACGAUAGAAAUAGGACUGAUGGCGAUGAAGAGAACGCAAACCAGGGACUGGGCGAUGCGGCCCCAACUCACGAAAACGCACAAGGUGAAGAUGGGCAAGCACAGGGAGAUAGAAUGGAUACAGAUGAGUAA